AUUUUUAGCCACAUGACCUAAUCAGUAAUAUUGUGCAAAUACCUCCAAAAGGGAAUACCAAACAUCAAAAGCUAAAGAGUAAAAAAAAAAGAUAAAAAUAAUGAGAGAGAUAAUCAGCAUCCAAGUUGGUCAGUGUGGGAACCAAAUUGGUAGUCAGUUUUGGAGAGAUAUUUCACAAGAGCAUGGAAUUGAUUUUAAUGGCUUUUAUCAUGGUACCUCUGAAUUACAGUCCGAAAAAAUCGAUGUGUACUACAGUGAAACAGACAGAGAUAAUUGCUUCGUACCUCGUUCGAUCAUGGUGGACCUAGAACCAGGCCCUUUGGAUGCUAUACGUGGUACUGAUUUAGGCCUUUUUUUUCGUCCAGAUAACUUCAUUUCCGGAAAUAGCGGAGCUGCAAACAACUGGGCAAAAGGCCACUACUCGGAUGGUGCAGAACUCCGUGAUGCCAUUUUUGACGUAAUGAGAAAAGAAGCAGAGAAAAGCGAUUGCCUUCAAGGUUUUCAAAUGUUCCAUUCUCUAGGAGGAGGGACUGGUUCUGGUCUGGGUACUCUCUUAUUGUCUAAGAUACGUGAAGAGUUCUCGGAUAGAAUCAUUAUGGCCAUUAGUGUAGUACCAUCGCCAAAGGUAUCCGCAACUGUCGUGGAGCCGUAUAACACCAUCUUGUCAGUUCAUCAGCUCGUAGAAAACGCAGAUGAAGACCUGAUAGUUGAUAACGAGGCCCUUUACGAUAUUUGCACCAAUAGCCUUAAACUGGCAAAACCCACCUAUCCUGACCUCAACCAUCUGAUAUCCAGAGCAGUAUGUGGAAUGACUGCUAGUUUGAGAUUCCCUGGACAGCUUAACGGUGAUCUUCGUAAACUGGCCGUGAACAUGGUUCCUUUCCCGCGCCUGCACUUCUUUAUCCCUGGAUUUGCACCGCUGACUAGUCGUAGCUCAGAGCAGUACCAGGCCUUCACGGUUGCCGAAUUAGCCAAACAAAUCUUUGAUGCAAAGAACAUGAUGACAGCGUGUGACCCAAGCCAUGGACGAUAUUUGACCGCAGCUGCGAUAUUCCGAGGACGAAUGUCAAUGAAUGAGGUCGAUAAUACAAUGCGGGAUAUUCAGAACAAGAGCUCCUCCAGCUUCGUCGAAUGGAUCCCAAAUAACUUGAAGACAACCGUUUGUAAUGUCGCCCCAAGUAGACUAAAAAUGGCUGCUACGUUUGUUGGUAACAGCACUGCCAUCCAGGAAGUGUUCCGGCGAGUUGGAGAACAAUUCUCUGCCAUGUUCAGACGCAAGGCUUUUAUUCACUGGUACACCGGUGAAGGGAUGGAUGAAAUGGAGUUUUCAGAGGCCGAGUCUGACAUGUUUGAUUUGGUGUCAGAAUAUCAGUACUUCGAACAAGUUGACGUGCUAACAGGAUACGACACAGAUGAAGAAAUUAAUGAAGAUGAGGAAAUCGUCCAAGAUGAUCAGAAGGAAUAAAUAAUUUAGACUCCUUUUUAUAUCAAGCGUGGCCAUGACAGCACCACGUUAUUAAUCAAAGCUUCAAAUGAACUAAUUAAUUUUACCAAUAAUAUAAGUACUGUUCGUAUGCAUGCUUGUAAAAUUAAGAAGCUAGAAUGAUGGUUUGUUGUUUGUAGGUUGUUAGUUUGUUUUAUAAAAGACAAUGACUAAUUUAUAAUUAUAUCUCUGAACGUACAAAGAUGGUGUUUAACAUAACUCCACUUAACUAGCCUGUAAAAAAUAUUGUCUUAAUAAAUAAAAUAACUAGACGUACAA